CGUUUCAGUUUUUGUUGGUAGUUCUCCGUAACUGGGUGGGUCAGAGGGUUUUUCUCUUUCAUUUCGUACUUAUUUUCUUCCUACACACAAAUGUGAUUUCAAUUAAUGAUAUUUAUAGUUUGUAAUAUAUCUCUACUUUCUUUAUGGACAAAUUUUUGUAAUAGAAAAAAAAUAGACGAUUAGAAAGAAAAUAUUGUGUAGGUCAGAACUAUUUGCCACAUAAGGAUAUUAUAAAUAUAAUUAUAAAAUAGUGCAAGUUAUUAAAGCGAUAUAUCCGAUAAUAAAGAUUACGAAAUCAUGGCAACCAUAAUUCACGAAAUUAUCGAUGGUUAUCGAUAUUUGAAUGAAGAACUUGAAGAUCCCAGAACAAGAAAUUGGUUUUUAAUGGGUUCACCAUGGCAGUGUUUAGCGAUAUUAACUUUUUACAUAUACUUCAUUUAUAAUCUUGGGCCUAAAAUAAUGAAAAAUAGAUCACCAAUAAAUUUAGACAGAAUUAUGCAAGCAUACAAUGUUGUACAAAUACUUUUAAGCAUUUAUAUUUUAUAUAUGGCUGUAAGAUUAGGAUCGCCGAAUAAUUACAAGUAUGCUUGCGAAGCUGUAGAUUAUUCUAAUGAUCCAAUUGCCAUCCAGAUUGCUUCUGUGGUCCAUUUAUAUUUCGUAGUGAAAAUAAUCGAUUUGUUAGAUACAGUUUUCUUUGUUCUUCGUAAAAAGCAAAAUCAAGUAUCAUUUCUGCAUGUGUAUCAUCACACAGGCAUGGUUUUAACUACUUGGGCUGCCGUAAAAUAUUUACCAGGAGGUCAUGGCAUAUUACUAGGUAUUAUAAAUUCAUUUGUUCAUUUAAUCAUGUAUUCGCACUACUUGGUUAUGUCACUUAAAAUAUUUAAACCUUGGUGGAAAAUUUAUAUAACUCAACUACAACUUGUCCAGUUCUUCUACUUAAUUUUUCACUUUUCUCGACUUAUUUGGAUGAAAGAGUGCGCUUAUCCACGUUGGCCCGCAGCCGUCAUGAUACCUCAAAAUUUCUUCAUGAUUAUUCUUUUUGGUGAUUUUUACUACAAGACUUAUAUGAAAAAAUCAGCAAAAAAACUCGCUGAAGAUUGAAAUAAUCGAAAAGUACGAAACAUAUUAAGCCAUACCUGAGACUAAAAUUUCAUUCAUAAAUCUUGAUUUGAAAAUAUUUAUUAUUUUGAAUCUGCCCAAGGAGACAUUAUUUUAUUUCGUAUAUUGAUAAUCGAGAUACAAUAAUAUAGGAUUAUAUAUGUAUAGAUAAAUAUUUUAAGCAAUCAAACAAAGCAUUUUUAUAUAUGAAAUUCUGUGUUCUAAGUAAUCAAUAAGAGUCUAUUAAGAA